GACGCUCCGUUUCUCCGGCUUCCUGUUCGGUUUGUCGUCUCUAGUGCUGCUUUUUUAAGAGCCGCGGACUUCGGAGGGGGGAUUUGUUCGUUUUGGAGUUUUUUCGGUGCAUGAAUGGAGUCGCCCCCGCAGGAUUCAGCGAGCGACCCUGGAAGGAGCGGCUCUGAGCCCGCCACACCGCUCACAGAGACGCCGGCGAGCCUGGAGACUCUGCGCGGCGGAGAGCACCCGACGCCGGCCAGGAGACACAGCAGCUCCGGCUCCAGCUCCUCCGGCUCCGGCUACAGCAAAGCUCAGAUUGAAAUCAUUCCCUGUAAGAUCUGCGGAGACAAAUCCUCGGGGAUCCACUAUGGGGUGAUCACCUGUGAGGGCUGUAAGGGCUUCUUCAGGCGGAGUCAGCAGAGUAACGCCGCCUACUCGUGUCCUCGCCAGAAAAACUGUGUGAUCGACCGAACGAGCCGAAACCGCUGCCAGCACUGCCGUCUGCAGAAAUGCCUGGCUGUGGGCAUGUCACGAGACGCGGUGAAGUUUGGUCGCAUGUCGAAGAAGCAGCGGGACAGUUUGUACGCUGAGGUCCAGAAACACCGUCUCCAGCAGCAGCAGCAGCAGGGUCCCCUCCUCCUGUCCCAUCCCAGCCUCGGCAGUCCGAGCCCGGCAGAAGCUGAACCACUGUCCCCCCACUAUGGCCUCUCCUCCACCGGCCUCACAGAGCUGCCUGAUGAACUGGGGGGCUACAUGGAGCAGAACUCCCCUGAAGGAGGAUCCGUGUCCUCCAAGGCAGAGUCUGGAGAAGGAGGAGGAGGAAGAGGAGGAGGAAGAGGAGGGGGUACGUUCUACCUUGACAUCCAGCCAUCUCCGGACCAAUCUGGUCUGGAUAUUAAUGGCAUCAAACCGGAGCCACUGUGCGACUACGGAUCCAGUAAUGGCUUCUUCCCGUACUGCUCCUUCAGCAACGGAGACACAUCGCCCACCGUGUCCAUGGCCGAACUCGACCACCUGGCCCAGGUCAUCUCCAAGUCCCACCUGGAGACAUGUCAGUACCUGAGGGAGGAGCUGCAGCAGAUGAGCUGGCAGAACUUCCUGCAGGAUGAGGUGGAGAGCUACCAGAGCAAGCCGCGGGAGGUGAUGUGGCAGCUCUGUGCCGUAAAGAUCACCGAGGCCAUCCAGUAUGUGGUGGAGUUCGCCAAACGCAUCGACGGCUUCAUGGAUCUCUGCCAGAACGACCAGAUCGUGCUGCUGAAAGCCGGCUCUCUGGAGGUCGUCUUCGUCCGAAUGUGUCGGGUGUUUGACUCGCAGAACAACACUGUUUACUUCGAUGGGAAAUUUGCAGCUCCUGACGUCUUCAGAGCGCUAGGUUGUGAUGAUCUGAUCACGUCAGUGUUUGACUUUGCUAAGAGCAUGUGUUCACUGCACCUGACGGAGGAUGAGCUCGCUCUCUUCUCAGCCUUUGUUCUGCUCUCUGCAGACCGGUCGUGGUUGCAGGAGAAGCUGCAGGUGGAGAAGCUGCAGCAGAAGACACAGCUGGCUCUGCAACACGUCCUGCAGAAGAACCAGAGAGAGGACGGAGUGCUGAACAAGCUGAGAUGUAAGGUGUCCGCGUUGCGUUCACUGUGCAGUCGACACGCAGAGAAACUGUCGGCGUUCAGAGCCGUUUACCCCGACAUCGUUCGGACGCACUUCCCUCCUCUUUACAAGGAGCUGUUUGGUGCCGACCUGGAAGUGACGCUGCAGACCGAUGACUAAACGGCGAGCGGGUGCUCCACGGAGCCGACCAGCACCGCGCUGCUGGGUUCAGACGGACUGAGUCCUGUUUGAACGGCCACAGAGGACAGGACGAUGUCUCGUGGAGCCAAAGGCAGAAACUGUCUGCGACAUGGCUGCUGCACUUUUCCUGGACAGCUGAGGCUUUGAACACAGAGAGAUCUAAAGUCCUCUUCUCAGUUUGUCUGUCUUCACCUCCUCCUCUCGCGGCCCUGGGUUUGGACGCAGCGAGGAGUCAGGUGGUCUCCGUCCACCUGCAUUCACACACGUAUCAAGGAUUUUGGAUCUGGAUCAGACUCAGCUCGGACAUUAAAAGACACUUUCAGUAUUCACACUGAACCCGUUUGUUUUUCCUUCAUUAGGUUGUUAAAGACAUCGCCUCUUCUUCUUACCGUCACUUCACGUCUGAGUGAAGUCCAUUCACCUGUCCUCGAGAAAAAGCUUCAGCUGGUGAGGCACUGAGACCAGUGAGCUAACUGGUCAGCAGCCUACUGCGUCCAGUCGGCCCAUGACCAUCAGUUUUCCUUCUGGAGGAAGUUUAAAUGACUUCAUCUGGUCCGUCUCUCUGUUCACAUCACUCAGGUUAAUGCAGGUGGUUCAGAGCUCACCUGUGUUGUCGUGUUCACAUCUCUUGUUGUGUUACUUGAUUUUUAAUUGGCAGAAGCCUUAAAGGCUGCAAACCAGAAAACAGGCCCCAUGUUUGUGGUCGAUGACAAAGUUUUAUUUGGUGAUUUCUUCUUGAUGUUGAGUUCAUUUCUCAGAAACACUGACCUGGUAAAAGAUGUGGAAGGAAGGAAGGAAGGAAGGAAGGCAGGUAGGCAGGCAGGCAGGAAGGAAGGAAGGAAGGCAGGAAGGAAGGCAGGAAGGAAGGAAGGUCCUUUUCUCUGUGGUUUUAGAGAAUCUGUGGAAAAACAGGAAACACGAGCACAAAAUGAUGAAGUGAUGCUGAGACUUUUCACCUUAUGAACAAAAAUGUACAAAGUUAAUUUUCACAAAUGGAACAAAUACAAGAUGAACACACAGCUGAUCCAAAACAGACCCAAACACCUGCUCGAAAAACCCUCAGGAACGUCUGAAUAUGACCGAAUACGAUUUAAUGGCUCUGGCUGGAGCCUCCUCCAUCGCACCGACCGCUGAGGCUCAUGGGUGCUGUAGGUAUUUCACUUCUUAAAAGUUCUAAAUGUAAAUUUACUUCCAGAAGCAGGAGCUCAUGAUUCUACUCAUCCUCUUCCUGCUUUUCGUGCUCCCAGCAUCCUCCUCUUCCUCUGACUGUCUGCAUCAACACCUGCAGGCAGCAGCAUCACACACAGCAGCAACUAGUUCAUUCACAUUUGGCCGUUAGCCUGCAGCGCCAUCUGGUGGUUAUGAGUCCAAAGUGCAGGUCUGUUUGUCUGCAGCUCAGAGCAGCAGCACCGUGGGUUUGAAUCCAUGAUCUGUUCUGAGUCCUUUCAGAUCCUUUGUUGAAGCUACUUUGGUUCAGUUUUCAACACUUGCAAAUAUUCAUCAAACUGACCCUCCUCCUGUCUGUGGCUCUCAGCUCUGACCCUCCUCCUGUCUGUGGCUCUCAGCUCUGUCUGACCCUCCUCCUGUCUGUGGCUCUCAGCUCUGUCUGACCCUCCUCCUGUCUGUGGCUCUCUGACCCGCCUCCUGUCUGUGGCUCCAUGUUUACAUUUUACUGAGAGAGUAAACUCAGCUUAAUUAAAGCAAUAAAAGUUAAUGAAAGCAAUACAGACACAGCUUCAUAAAAACUAUGCAGAGUGACGUAAAGUGAAGUGAUCAAAUAUUAAUACCUGUUGCACUAAUACCUGUCAAUCUGCUAAUCUACUGCCAGUGUCUGCGUGUGUGAUGUGUGUUAAGAGUGUGCGCACAUUUUUUAUCUGUGGUAGAUUUUAAGCAUCUUCAGUGUUUGGACCACAGACUGCUGAGAGGAGCCAUGUUUUCCCAUCAUCCACUGCCUCGCUUAUCGAGGAAUUUACUGGGAAGAGAAAAUAUCCCGUAAACUUCGUUAGCAUGCUCAUCAUGACUCAUUUAAACAGUCGCAACAAACAUUAACCAAAGCGCAAACUGAAUCAUUCAGUUUGACUGAACAAGAAAUUUAGAGGAAUUUUUCUUGGUGGAAACUAAAAAUACGAGAAGCUCAGAAAACCUCCAAGAAUUAAAUUAAUUUUAGAAUCAAAGCCCUGAUCCUGUAACACUGGACGGGGCUCGGCCCCGGGGAUCAACCCACUCUACCUCCUGAGCCACAGUCGCACAGCCCCCUGGGUUAUUGGAUGUUCCACUUCCUUCCUCAGUAACUCAUGCACUUAGAUGUUCCAGUUUUUUCAUGAGGCAGGUGACAUUCGAUCAGCACGUGUGAGCUCCUGAGCUGGACAUGGUUCUCUGCGCCGAGGCUUCUGAGAAUGACUCAGCUCUGCAGACGUGCACCGACUGAUCAGGCGUUUUAGGGACUGAUCACUUUCCUGUUUUACACAAAGCUCUUUUUAAAGAGUAACUUGCCUCGUCAGGUGUACUUCAGGACCUCCUGACAUCACUGUGGUCACCUGGUGUUAACAGGUGCAACACAGAGUAACAAUCAGAGAAUGUUUCCCACGUUAAUCUCAGCUCAGACUUUGAACUUCAGAACAUAAAUGUUCCUCUGCAGCAACAGUUAUUCACUGGACACAGUAACCGUGUGUUUUAAUGACUCGUUACAUCUGCUCAUAUUUCAUUAUACCUUCCAGCAUCAGCACAUACAUGUGUCUCACCUUCAAACAUCCGGAUCAUUCUAACAGGUAACAUCAUCACUGUUCCGUUCCUUCUCACCACAUCAGUCUCAAGGUCCAAUAAACAUCUGUAUUUCUGGCAAAUAAUGAACUUAACUUUAGCCAUAACUGAAUGUCAAGCAAUAAUGUAAAUGUUGUAUUUUAUCUUUACUGUGUAUAGUUUGAAAACAUGGCAUGGCAAUUCAGAGUCUAAUUUAUUAUAGAUUUCUUCUGGGUGGGGGGGGGGGGGGGGUGCGUCCCACUUUGUCUCGACUCCAUUCCUUUCCUCCCUCUCUGCCACCUUACUGGUUUGACCUUUGUUCUGUAAGUAACGUUAUCAUGAGUCUGUACAGGCCACAGGAAAACACUGCUGUAAACAGCUACUGAGCAUCAAACGUUUCAUCUGUUGAUUGAUAUGCAUCAUAAUGUAUGAUAUCUGGUUUCAUAUGCACUUCUCUCUUUUAGACUUAGUUUAGUUGCAGGGAGCAUUUUUGUGUUUUUGAUAAUCGUGUGGUGCUAGUUUAACUUUCUACAUUAGCAGGGUCUGGAUUUUACCAACUAUGCCACAUUGUAUGUUUCUUCACAGGAGACACAUUAAAGGAAAAUUCAGUCUUUUAA